UUGUCUUCUCCGUUUGCUGAUACUUCGCGGCACCACACUCGGAACAUUUUCCCAUGGCUGCAGAUGACGCGUGCUACGCUGCUUGUGGGGGAGAAGGUGAGGUCAAGACUGCAGAGCAGUUCGUGUAUGUUGGCGAGAGCAAAGGCUCAUGGUCCCAGACUGCUUCUAUGCAAUGGAUGGGAGCAGGAUACGGGGCCUAUGAGAGGGAGGUGGUGAAAUCUUACACGGGAUACCGUUGCCGUCCUUGGUGUUUUGGAGUCGCAGCUGCCUUGCUGCUGUUGCCGCUUUGCAUCCUUGUGUGGUAUUUUUGGCCCCAUCCUUCCCAUGGUUACUCUGACGUGCUCAAUUGCGAUGAUGGCUACCACGACUGGGAAAAUCUUUGGACUGAAUGGCACCAGAAAGAAUGCUGUUCGCUUAAGGGCCGAGGCUGCCCUGAAGAAAAGCAGGUCAUCGACAAGGUGGUUCAUGUGCCAGUGUUCCACCGUGCUCACAAUCACUAUGUGCCUGUGCCGGUGCCUUCCCCACCCCACAUCGUCUACAAGAACCGUUAUGUCCAUCUGCCUCCGAAAAUCAUCUAUGAGCACCCGCAUCAUGAAUUCCACUAUGACUGCCAUGAAGGCUACUCCAAUUGGUUCUUCGGAUGGUCUGCACACAAGAAGUCCUGGUGCUGUGACCACAUGACCAUGGGAUGCCCUGGCACUUGGCAUGGCAGCUACCACCUCCACACUCAUGUCUUUGCCAAAGGAGUGGGACACGCACAUGGGCGAAUUUAUGAUUGCAACGCUGGCUUCUCCAAUUGGAUGCAGGGCUGGUCGGGUUCCAAGAAGGACUGGUGCUGCUCGAAACACAACAAGGGCUGCGUGAAAUUCCAUUGCAGCUCUGGUGCUGCUCAUAUGUGGGCCGCAGAGAAACGCUCAUGGUGCUGCAGCAACUUUCAGAAGGGCUGCCCUCAUACCACCCUCUCUGCUCUGAAGUGCGAUGCUAUGUGCGAACAUAAAGGAGAGAGUUCCAAGUGCGUUGACCGCAUCCACUGGACGAAGAAUAAUGUGUUCGGAUCAAAGGCAAAUGCGUGCGAGUUGGCCUACAGCAAGGUGCAGGUCGAGUGUGACAUUUGCCGAGCCUGCUCCAUCCAGGAAGCUGGCUGUGAAGUUCAUGCUGCUGGCAAAGACCCAUUUGACUGCCAAGCUGCCUUGAACAACUUCUUCCGUGCAUGGUCACCUUCGAAGAAGCACUGGUGCUGCACGCAGCGCGGCAAAGGGUGCGAAGGAUCAAGCCCACCUGCUGUGGACGCUGGCUUUGGCAUGGUUUGGAAGCACGUGCAGGUGAACGGCUACUGGACCUGGCAAGCUGUGCAUGCUGCUGGCGGCAUCCACACGAAGCUUCCGUAUGAUUGCCAUGCCGGGCGUCAGAACUGGCACAUCGGCUGGUCUGCCCCCAAGAAGGCCUGGUGCUGCAGCAAUCAGCAGCUGGGCUGCGAAGGUGCAGGCGGCGCUGGUGGCGCUGGUGCUGGUGGUGCUGCUGGAGGAAGCUUUCACUCUUCAAGCUGGCAUUCCUCGGGAGGCAGCUUCCAUUCCGGUGGCAGCUACCAUUCCGGUGGCAGCUAUCACACCCACGUGAUCCACCACUACCAUUGAGCUGCCAACAAAGACGGGGAGAUUUUCAAGCCAAAUCUCCAAAGCUUCAGAGUGAAGUCGGAAGGGUCAAAAUGAGUCAAAUACCGGGUUCUAGCUGAUUCUAGCUGCGACAUGCCCACACAUGCCCACACAUGCCCACACAGAUCGAUCUCGACGUUUGCGUCGACAGAAG